UUUGGAUCUGGGGCCUCUCUUUCUCUCUCUCUCGUCCCCAAUCGCGAUCCGCCCAAACCCUAAUCCCAGAUUCUUUGCCGUUCCCUCCCUUCCUCUCUGCGCGGGAGAUUGACAAGGAUCAAAAACCCUAGCCGCAGUUUUGUUGCGAUUUAGAUCGAGCUAGGGUUUUGAGAAAUUAGGUUUUCUCAGAGAUCCGAAACUAGAUUUUGGGGCUUUUCGAGUUUGAAAGCUUGCGAGAAAUGUCUCGGUGUUUUCCUUACCCUCCUCCCGGGUAUGUGAAGAAGGGGAUCUGCGAUGAGGCUUUGAUCGAACCGAUUAAGCUCCAAGGAGAAGCUGAGAAGGCCAAGAAAGAAAAGAAGAGAGAGAAAAAACGAGAGAAGAAAGAAAAGAAGGCUAGAGAAAAUGGGGAGGUUGAAGACAAGAAGCACCAUCACAAAAAAGGGAACAAAGAUGAAAGGCAGCAAGAAGAUGAGAAAGUCAGGGAACAUGGCAAGAAGGGAGAACGUGAAGAAGCUGAAAUUCUGGACAUGAGUACCCUAACGGAAGAGCAUCCAGUUGGUUCCCAGAAUUCUUCUGACAGUACCCUUAACAGCAAUAACAGCAACAAAAGGCAGAAGCAGAACUUGUCUCCUGAGUGCAGGCAAAAUACCGGGAGCAUUCUUCGUAUCCGGUUGCCUCUCCAAAGGCACAAAGAUCAAGAAGUGCUACUGAGAGAGGAAUUGCCUUCCCGGUUGCCUCCCCACAGGAACAAUGCUCCAGAGGAACAGCUUUUUCGGUUGCCUCUCCAAAGGACCAAUGCUCCAGAAGUUUCUCCCAGAGAGAAACUGCCUAGCUGGUUGCCUCUUCAAAGAAACAAAGAUUCAGCAUCUUUACCCAAAGAGGAACAGCCUUGCAGGUUACCUCUACAAAGGAACAAACAUCUGGAAGUGUUACCCAAAGAGGAACAACCCUGCAGGUUGCCUCUACAAAGGAACAAACAUCUGGAAGUGUUACCCAAAGAGGAACAACCCUGCAGGUUGCCUCUACAAAGGAACAAACAUCUGGAGGUAUUGCCCAAAGAGGAACAACCCUGCAGGUUGCCUCUUAAGACACAGAAAGAACCACCUGUGCUAACUCGAGAGAAACAGCCUUCUCUUAAAAGGCAAAAGGGUCAAGAUGUUCUACCCAAAGAGAAAAAGACUUGCCUGGUGUCUCUCCAAAGGACCAAGGAUUCAGAAGUAUUACCCAGGGAGAAACAACAGCCUAGCCAGCUGCCUCUCCAAGCGAACAAAGAUCGAAAAAUAGUACCCAGGGAGAAACAGCUUAGCCAGUUGCCUCUCCAAAGGAACAAGGAUCCAGCAGUGCUAUCUAGAGAGGAACAGCCCAGCCAGUUGCUUCUCCAAAAGCAGAAAGUUCCACAAGUGCUGCUCAGAGAAGAACAGCCGUGUUCCGUCUCUGGAAGGAUUGCUGAUGCCUCUGUUCAUGGUAGGUGUGAACCUGCUCCUGUACUUGGAAGGGAUGAGGGAGAAAAACCCUGUUCUACUUCUGGAAUUGAGGGCAAAGAAAACCGAAAAAGCAAGCGAAGAGCAUCACAAUACAUAGAGCUAUUUGAGAAAUGGGUUGAGCCUCCUCUUUUAUUAAGUUUACCACCCACAGAUAUUGAUGAUGAUCAGGGAUGGUUGCUUAAGACGAAUAAGAACCCAAACCGUGGGGUUGAGAAAUGUGUUGCUGCCAGUGACAGCUUGAGCUGUGGAGACUCGGUGUCUUGGCCAUGUGCUCGCCUCUUGCCUGAGGUUGAUGUAUAUGCUUUGCCAUAUACCGUACCAUUUUAAACUUCUGUUGGAAAUUUGAAGAGACAAGUGAGGAGCUGAGAGCUGCCGGUGACCUUUGUGCUUCAUAUAUUCUUUAUCUUUGGGAGUGUGGAGAGGUUGUUACAGCUCUUGUGCUGUUUUAAGGCCUUCAACGCCCGGAGCAAACUCUUGGUUGGGUUGGAAAAAUAGCAACUGUAGAGCUUUUUGAGGAAUGAAAGUUUCUUGUGGAGUAGAUGAAAUUUAUUGAUGUAUUGACAACAUUUUCGAUUCUUUUAUCAGAUACAAUAUCACUCAGUUUUGUCCUUUGCCUA